AGUCUGGCGGGGCCGCAGCCGCGGAGUGGCAGGCAGUUGCCGUGGGGACCGCGGGCCCCUCCCUCCUCCGGUCCUCUGCCCGUAGCGUUCCCCACCAAGGUGCGGCCGACGACCCGGCUUCCCUGCCGCCGGCCCGGCGGAGCUGCAGACGGUGCCCCGCGAGAGGCGGAGCCGCUCCCAAGAUGUCGCAGACGGCCAUGUCCGAGACCUACGAUUUUUUGUUUAAAUUCUUGGUUAUUGGGAACGCGGGGACCGGCAAGUCUUGCUUGCUUCAUCAGUUUAUUGAAAACAAAUUCAAAGAUGACUCAAAUCACACAAUAGGAGUGGAAUUUGGCUCAAAGAUAAUAAAUGUUGGUGGUAAAUAUGUAAAGUUACAGAUAUGGGACACGGCAGGCCAAGAGCGAUUCAGGUCUGUGACGAGAAGCUACUACAGGGGUGCGGCAGGGGCGCUGCUCGUCUAUGACAUCACCAGCCGAGAAACCUACAAUGCGCUUACUAAUUGGUUAACAGAUGCCAGAAUGCUCGCGAGUCAGAGCAUCGUCAUCAUCCUCUGUGGGAACAAGAAGGACCUGGACCCCGAUCGGGAAGUCACUUUCCUAGAAGCCUCCCGGUUUGCUCAGGAAAAUGAGCUGAUGUUUCUGGAAACGAGCGCACUGACCGGGGAGAACGUGGAAGAGGCCUUUGUACAGUGUGCGAGAAAAAUACUUAACAAAAUUGAAUCAGGUGAGCUGGACCCAGAAAGAAUGGGCUCAGGUAUUCAGUAUGGAGAUGCUGCCUUGAGACAGCUGCGGUCUCCACGCCGCGCACAGGCCCCGAGCGCACAGGAGUGUGGCUGCUGAAGCAGCAGGGUGCACAGGUGUUCAUACAGUGGUAUUUGGGACACAAUUGUUGGAGCUUGAAGAAGUUUUUUUUUUUAACCACCAUCUUUUUCUACUUUAAAUGGAAGUAGAUCUUUGUGCAAAAAAAAUAAUUUGGGUUGUUAUGCAAGCUAGUAGAUGUGGCACAGCAAACGUAUAAUAAAUCCAGUUCAGUGGACAAGA